AUAAUCAUUACAGGUAUUAAAUGCCCAGUUUGUUCCAAAUUUGUUCUACCAGAUGACGUAGAGUGCCAUUUAGUCAUGUGUCUCACUAAGCCAAGAAUAAUUUAUAAUGAGGAUGUUUUAACAGAAGAUAAAGGAGAAUGUGUUAUUUGCUUGGAAGAAUUAUUACAAGGGGAUACAAUUGCAAGAUUACCCUGUCUUUGUAUAUAUCAUAAAACUUGUAUCGAUGCUUGGUUUGAAGUCAAUCGUUCCUGUCCGGAACAUCCUCUCGACUGAACUACGACAAUUUGGUUGUGAUCACACAAUCCUCAUUUGCCUAUAUAUUUAAUGCAUCGUUUAGUAUCUAUAUCAUCAAAGGACAACCUACAUAAGAUACAACACAAUGGAACUCAAGAGUCAUGCCAUCUGAUAACACCUAAUAGUGUGUCAGUGUUCCCAUCUUGUCAGCUGUGCCUUUUGCUACAAUAAUAAUGCAGGAUCGAGCUAAACAAGCCACAUUUUGUGAUACAUGAUUCACCCACCACAGAGCAGGAUCUAGUUUUUUAUCAACAAAUACAAAAUGCCUUUUCCAUAUUGUUUUUAUAUACAAACAUAUAUAUAUAUGAAGAGAAAAUGGGUUUUGUCAAUUUUGUAGAUUUAGUAUAAAGCACUUACUUUAAAAAGAGAAAAAAAAAAUCAAAUUUUUUAUAAAAAUAUUGCCUUUUAUCUGUAUCAUCUAAAAGUAAAAAUCUUCAUUGAAAAAGACAUAUCGCUCAUGAUCUGCAUAAAGUGCAAAAUGGCAUUAGCACAAUUUGAUUUGUAAUAAGGUCUCAAUGAUAGGAUCACGAAUAAGAUCUCAAAAGAAUCAAGUAUCCAGCGAUAUAACUUCAAAUCAAAAUUAUGAAUUAAAUAUAUUUCUUUAAAAAUCUCUGCAUUAAAGAAUUUGAGCAAUGCAAAUGUUGCAUAAUUGUAUUUAUAUAUAAUUUGCACCAGUUCAGUGGCAUAUUACAAAAAUAACUCAAUCCUUUUGUGCCACAGACUAACUGUAAAAAUUGUUAAUCGACUAUUUUUGUUUUUCACAAAACCCAAUUACGUAAAAAGAUGGGUCAUAAGUGUUCUUGACAGUUUUUAUUGCAAUGAACUGUUGUUGCAUAGCAUUUUUAUAUGAGAAGUGUCAAGUCAAACUGUAGGGUGUUAAUAUCCGAAACUAUCCCUGGCACAGAUAUUUUCCUCUGUGUGAAUUUGUGACAGUUGGUAAUAGCUGUUGAGUAAACUCUUUAAAAUGUUACUCCUCUGUCAAUAUUGUCUGCUAAUUCAAAGAACUGUACAUACAGUUGAAAUAACUUGCAAAGUUAUAAAAUAAAAACAAAUAUAAAGUAGACAAAAA